AUGGAUUAUCAGAGCUCAAUCUUUUCCUACUUACUUCAUCAAAGUAUACCUAUGUCAAUGAUUAACAUUCUCGAAAAUCAACGUGUGACGAACAAAGAUUUGCAAAUUAUGGAUCGUGAUGAUGUCGAACACUUAUUCAAAAACGAAUACGGCUUUACAUUCGCCGAUCGAAAACGCUUCUGGAAUACGAUACAGAAAUUACGCUCGCCAAACAGAAAAUGUCAGAUCAUUUGUAUAGGCGAAAAAGAAGAUGAUGACGGAAUACCUGACGUCUAUGAAGCGGUUAACACUAAACCACCAACUUAUUCAGUAAGCAUUGCUCCGUCUGCCUCAUGCAAAGAAGAUUCAGAUGACGAAUUUAACAUAGCUGAAAAUUCGUCAAGUAACCUUGUUGAUACUCCGAAUACUUCUAUAACAUCUUUAUCAACUGCUGCAUCGAAUAAUCCGACAGAUUAUAAAUUUCAGUAUCCUGUGGAACUGCCUCAAUUCUCUGCAAAAGUAACUAAAGCAUUAGAGUAUAAUACAAUUCAGGAUGAAUGGGAUACAUUUAUGAAAGAACUUGUUUGUUGGAUACUAAAUAAGAAAAAAGAUUUUCUAAUUAAAGCCGAAUAUCAAGCGAUUGGACAGACAAUUUAUAAAUGUUAUCCAAGUAUUGGUAAAGACGGCUAUCGUCCAUGGUCAUAUUUUUGUAGAAUUUUAACAGACAAACUUCGAAAAGAAAGACGCAGACGAGGUUAUCCAUGUACGAAAUCAUGGAAACCAUUAUCAACCUAA